UAAAUUAGUUUUUGAUUUUGUCGAUAAUUAAUUUUUGAAUAAAAAUUUAAAUUUCAAAAAGAAAAAAUUAGUGAAUUCUUGAAAUGUUAAAAAUCCCUAGCACCCAUCGACUCUCACGACCCAUGCCCUCUCCCUUUCGUCCAUCAAAUCUCACUCUCAUCUUACAAUCCCUCUUCCUCACAGAUCAUAUUUAUCCUUCGUUGGUCUCUUCUCUCUCAUACCUCCAGACCUCUCUUCUCUCACACGCUCACACUCAUCCAAUCUCAUAGACACAGUCGGUUAUGAGCCAAAUUGUUCAACAGAAAGUGAUAGUAAUCGAGAAGGAAAAUAGAGAAUGAAGAAGCAGAAAAUAGAGGAAGGAGAGAGAAAUAAAGAAGAACGUGGAGAGAGAAAAUUCUUUUUUUAUAUUGCUUAACAGUGCCCUCUACAAUACGUUCCCUUCAUCAUUUGUAUUACUCUAAUAGAAUGCACAGCUGUGAUCCUUGAGUAUAGGAUGCUACAGCUCAUACUCUUUCUCUCGUUCCAUCUAAUGGUAAGAUCAGAAAUUUAAAAACCGAAAACAAGCUAAUAAGGCCUGGUCUGGAAUAAAGCCUAUUAACCAAUCCAACAGCCUAAUCCACAAUUAUGUUAAGCCCAGUAACAGCAUACAGCCCGUAACACAGUUAUUCGAUAGUCGUCAAUCGGUAGUGCGCGUCGCCGUGUCCUUGCCUUCACGUCGCUCCGCCUCCUUUCUUUCUCUCUCGGUAUCUCUCAAGCUUAUCCUGCUUGCAGUCGCGCCUUUCUUCCUUCUUCUCUCAGAUUGCCAUCGGUCCUGCCUCUCUUCAAAAGCAUCGAGUUGCAGCAAUGGUAGGUCAUGAUGGCUUUUCUACUCCUAAGAAAUCUUCAGGGUUUAGCAUGGCCAGGUAUACCAAAUCAACCUCUAAAAGCAAGGGAAAUUGUAAGGCCCCCCAGCCCGAUGUUCAACCUUUUAGGUCGGGCAUCAAGAUAAGUGAACAGCCACCCCAGCACAAUCAUAUCGAAGGUAGGUCUCCAGCAGCCAUUGUCAAACUCAAGGAAAAGAAACUAGUUGUAAAGAAUUCAUAUAAGAGGCCGAGGUCUGUUAAUCCCUCCUUGGCCAAUCUGCUUAUCGAGUCUUCUGCUGCUGGGGGCCAAUGCUACUUAUCUGUGGAGUUUGACAAAGAUGACAAUGCAUUUGAUAAUCUUGAGGUGGCCAAGAGAUUUGGCCACUAUUCUAUGAUUCAGAAGGACUUUGAUCAACUCUUGAAGUCCACUUCUCAAAACGUGGCUGAGACUAUCCUGCACACAUACAAGGCUUUUGUUCAUCUCCUCAAGGCUGAGCAGGAUAUGAAGAAAUAUAACAAGGACAUCAUGGUCUAUGUGGAGAGCAACAGGAAGCUUAGUUUCCAGUGCCGAGCUAAAAAGACUAAUGACUAAUUAGGCCAAAAAGUGAAGUUAUUCUAGCAGUUUGACGACAUGUCCAUACAAAAUGCUACCGCGAACUUCAGCAAGUCGAGAAACAACUGAGCAAUAUGAGGACCUUGAUAAAGCAUUUGAAAGGGGAACUUAAAAAAAGCCGAAGAGGCUGAACAAAAAGCUAUGGAGAACUUCAUCUUAUCUGGGGAUUAUCAUGACAGACAGACCGAGUUUGCAAGAAAGGAAUCGAACAAGAUGCUUAAAAUUCCUCCAAAUAAUAAUGUAGUGACCAAAGAAGAAAGAAACUCAAAAACCACCUACAAAUCUAGAAUCCGACAGCUGUGAAUUCCUUCGGUCGUCGCUUGCCUCGCCAAAAAUUUUAAGAAAUCAUUGAAAAACACAAGUCAGAACCCAAAAAUCCCAAAAAAUUUCUAAAAUUCCUAAAAAAUUUUGAAAAAAAAAUA